AUACGCCACUUGCAAGUAGGUUGCGUCGCGGAAAGGAUUUCGUUUCCAUUUUCAUACUUUUCCUCCACCAUGAAGGCUGAAAUGGAGAGAAUUCUUUCUUUAUCAGACGGUGACAGUUCUGCAGAACUCCAGAAGUACUUGUCGUCCCUCACCGCAGACAAGUUGACUACGCUUAUUACCAGUAGUGCACUCAAGGGCAAGACUAUUGGCAUAAUUAUUAAAGCCAUAUUCAAAGGCUCUCCACCUGGAUGUAGCGAAGGGUCAACACGCAGACUGCUGCUUUAUCAACAUUGCAUCCCUCUGUGCGAGUCUGGUGACCUCCAAAAUGAGGUGGCAGCUGAUGUCAUUGGACUGCUCAUGCUGGAGACACACACUCUGGUUGGACCAUCCCUUGCUAAACUAGCAGAGCUAUUUGUUGAAGAAAUCAAGGCAGGAAAAAUAGGCAACGGGAAGUCCUUGGAGCUAUUUCCUACUGUGCUUACUGCCAUGACCGCUUGUGAAAUGUUGUCAUACGGCAAAGGUGAACUCAGUGGUGAGCAAUACAAGAAACAGCUGAUCAACAGCCUCUGUUCAAGCAGAUGGGACUCACAAUGUGUUAUCCACCUGACAACAAUGUUCAGGGAUGUGCCCUUGUCAUCAGAAGAGUUGCGCUUCGUGGUGGAAAAAGUACUGCGGAUGUUCAGCAAGCUGGACCUGCAGGAGAUUCCGCCACUUGUUUAUCAGUUGCUCUUGUUAUCCGCAAAGGGUUGCAAGAAACAGGUCCUAGACGGAAUCAUCAUUUAUUUUAAGCAGCAAGACCUUCACCAUCAAGAGGAGCAGAAAGAUGGAGAGAGCUUGGAUUUAGAGGUUCAGUCCAUUCCACAGGACCAGUUAAGACAUGUGGAGGGUACUGUCAUCCUCCACAUUGUUUUUGGAGUGAGGCUAGACCAUGAACUUGGGAGAGAAUUCCUGAAAAGCAUCAAGGCAUCGUAUGGGGAUCUUUGCCCUUUCAGUGUUGCCCUAUUGCUCUCGGUUGCACGCAUCCAGCGCUAUGAGGAACAGGUGUUUGAACUUUUCAAGGGAGCAAUCGUCAAGAGCUUCAAAGAUGAGCAGCUGCUGCAGGGAUCCAAGUUCCUGCAGGACCUCCUGCUUGGCCACUGUAGUGUUGCUGAGAUGAUUUUGGAUACAGUGAAAAGCAGUGUCUUUGGAUGGGAUCAUGUGACUCAAAGCCUGGUGCAGCUAGGCUUCUUCCUGAUGGACACAUUUGGACCUAAACCUGGACCAUUUGGAAAGACCACAGAAGGCUCUGCUACUGUGGCCCGGACCCCCACUCAGCUGGCAUGUAAGCUAGGAGGUCAGGUGCUCCUGCAGGGCUUUAAGCUGCACGAGGCAAUCAGAGGCGAGAUACUGGAACAGGUUCUGAACCGACUGGUCACAAAAACUGUCUCACCUAUCAAUCAUUUCUUAGAGCUCUUCUCAGACAUUGUAACUUCUGCUCCUAUGAUACUUCUGGAGUCAUCCUCCAAGGUGACAGAGACAUUCGACCAUCUGUCUUACCUCCCCCUGGCCACCGUGCAGGGCUUGCUAAAAGCUGUCCAGCCUCUGCUGAAAGUCAGUAUGUCCAUGAAAGAUGCAUUGAUUCUGGUUCUCCGCAAGGCCAUGUUUUCAAGUCAACUGGAUGGACGAAAGUCAGCUGUAACUGGCUUCUUGUUGCUGCUGAAGAACUUCAAAGUGCUCGGCAGCCUGACCUCCAGCCAGUGCAGCCAGACAUUCUCUUCCAGCCAGAUCCAAGUGGAUGUUCAUUCUCGAUAUAACGCUGCUGCCAAUGAGGCGUUCUGUCUGGAAAUCUUAAGCAGCCUGCGUCGUUGCCUUGGCCAGCAGGCUGAUGUGCGCCUCAUGCUGUACGAGGGCUUUUAUGAUGUUCUUCGUCGGAACUCCCAACUUGCUAGUUCCAUCAUGCAGACUCUUUUCUCACAGUUGAGGAGGUACUAUGAACCUGAACAAGAUCUCUUGCCCCCAGUGAAACUGCACCCAUGCAUCACAGCUCAUGGAGAACAGAUCCACCUUCAGGAGCCUCUGGCCCACCUGGUAUGCUGUACAGUACAGUGCCUGCUGUGGCAUAAAAAUAUGCGGCAAUCAGCCAAAAUCAGUGCUUACGACAGUGAUGAUGACGAUGACGACAAAGACGAGGAUGAGGGAUACCAGUCCGAGCUACAGACAAUUUUAGAGAGUAUCACAAAACGCAUGAUCAAAAGUGAAAUGGAGGACUUUGAACUGGACAAGUCAGCAGAAUUCUCCACUGCAUCCAGUGUUGGUGUGAAGAAUAAUAUCUAUGCUGUGCUCGUGAUAGGACUCUAUGAGGUCCUCAUGGAGUACAACUUUGUCAAAGCCAAUUACAGUAAAAGUGCCUUUGAGGAGCUGCUGGAGCUGUUCAACUGCUACCACAAGCUUUGUGAGAUCCUGAGGGAGAAAUCUGGAAAGGGUCGGCAGCCCUCAAACAAGACGCCACGAAGUUUACUCUCAAUGGGCUUUAUAUCAACUCUCCUCACUGUGCUCUUGAGAGACAGCUCUCAGAGCAGAGAGGAGGCGCUCAGCGUGCUGCGUUCCAGUGGAGAGUUUGUGCGUUACGCGUUUUCCGUGGCUGUGCAGAAGAUCCAGCAGCUGGAAGAUAGCGGCGUUACAGACGGCCCCGAUGGACAAAGUUCAGACUCGACUUUCCGCUUCUGGUGUGAAAUGACAAGUGUGCUUAUGUGGCGGUAUAUCAACGUCCCCAGUGCAGUGGAGGAUGCUGGGAAAAAAGAAAAGCGUUCCAGCCUGUCCCAGUUGAGCCUGGAAGGUCUUCUCGGGAUAUUCACUGCCUGCCAGCAGCGCUAUCCUGAUAAGAUGACCAAGCUUCUCUCUUCCAUUGACAACUUGGAGGAUGUUGCUGAGCCAGAAGAUGGUGAAGAGAUGAAUUACUGUUACAUCCGUCAAUUUCAGAGAGCGCUGUUUGCCCAGUUGAGUAGAGGAGAGGAGGAAUUUAACAGCAAAGAAGCUCAGCUAUUGGUCAGCAUUUUGAGUGUGCUUUCACUCCACCUAAAGCCCUCCUCUCAGCAGUUUGUUCAGAUGAUCACUUGGACUGUGAAGAUUUGCAAGGAGACCAGCUUUGAGGACUCCGCUUUGUCCAAAGGGCUGCUCGCGCUUCUCUUCAGCCUGCAUGUUCUUUUUAAGAGCCCUGCCAGCUUGUUGCUAGAACUCUGCCAGGACAUCCAUAGCCAACUCGGCGAUAUUGAUCAGGAUGUGGAGGUAGAAAAGCAGUGUCACUUUGCUAUUGUCAACAUGAAAACAGCAACAGCAGCAGCACUGCAGGUCCUGUCUCAAGUGGACAAGGUGCUAGAUGAAGUGGACUGGCUGAUUGGAAGAAAGAGAAGUCACAAAUCAAGCCCUGAGGGCACGCAGUCUGCAGGCCAGCAGAAUCCCGCAGAGAAAGCGGUGACGCUGCAGAUUGGAAGCCUUCUGACGGCACUAAAUGAGUUGGUCCAGACCGCACUGCACCUCGGAACCUGCACCAUCACAUUGCUGAGAGUGCUGAGUCGCACUUACACCAUCCUCACCACACUAGUAAAAUAUUACAUUCAAGUUUGUGCCAGUCAGAGUAGUAAAUUACCGUCACGUUUUGAGAAGCUGGUCAAGCUGUCUGGCUCCCAUCUGACUCCACAAUGCUACGGUUUCAUCACAUACGUUCAGGGUGGAGAGUCAAGUGCUGGAGGUGCAGACAAGAAGAAAAAGAAGAAGGAAGUGAACACUGCUGCUACUGCAAAACUUCUGCGUCAGACAAAGGCCAUUCCCAACUUGAUCUUCAGCAUUGAACAGUAUGAGAAAUACCUCAUUACACUCUCAAAGAAGUCUAAGGUAAAUCUGAUGCAAUACAUGAAAUUGAGCACCUCGAGAGAUUUCCGCAUCAAUACUGCUACUCUGGAUGCAGCACUGCAGGAGCAGGACAACACUGUGGCGGUUGCAUCACAAGAAGCAGAAGAGACUCAAGAACCCCCCAAAAAGAAGCGAAAACAAUGAGCUGCUCCUGUUGGUUACACACAUCGCCAGCUUGCAUGCUGAUGAGCUUGCAGGGCCUUCUCCAUUUUGCAUUCCAAGUG